AUGUACUACAGGGUAGAAGACUUUUUGAAUCUUUCCACAAAGCUGUCUGGAUUUCAUAUUUGUAUUGAUAAAGGAACUUUUGAUGCCAUCAGCCUUAAUCCUGACAAUGCAGUUGAGAAGAGGAAGCAGUAUGUGAAAUCUCUCUCCAGCGUGUUAAGAGUAAAAGGUUUUUUCCUAAUAACUUCAUGUAAUUGGACCAAGGAAGAGUUGCUAAAUGAAUUCAGUGAAGGAUUUGAACUUUUUGAAGAGCUGCCGACACCCAAGUUCAGUUUUGGAGGCAGAUCUGGAAACAGUGUAGCAGCAUUGGUUUUCCAAAAAUCGUGAGACUUUUCCUGGGACAAUUUCAGGUAGCUUUUUUAAAGAAGCUACACAGCAUAGUAAAAAAAAAAAAAGGUAUCAUGAGCAUGUAGACAACCAACAGUAAUUUAAAAUCUUUUGUAUUUGAAAUGUAAAUAUUUUUCUUUUUGAUUUAAAAAAAAAAUCCCCUGUAACUCUAAACAGUUAAAAACUUAAAAGUAGUAAAUGAAUUUACGAAAAGCAUGUAUUCUUUAGUUUUGUGCCUUGGUAAAGUCGAAUUGAAUGGAGCUAUUUUUGACGAUUUGACCAAACCAUUCCAGGGCCAGAAAAAUAAGCAAAACAACCUUAUUAAACUAUGAACCAUAAUAAGAAAUACUACUUUGGGUAGAAUGGUGGUUAUUUUCAAAAUUUAACACCUGGGAAAAGAUUGGCAUUCAUAUAUAGUUAAAUAAAAUUAGAGAAAUCUGCUAGUUGAUCAAGAAAUAUUUAUUGAGCCUAUAUUUUGUAGCUGAUGGUAUUUUACACUGUGAAGAUAAAUGGGUAAUAGGAGGUAAUAAAACUAAGGGAUAUUAUUAUAUCCUAGCCCUGUGUUAAGUUAUAUUAUUAUUAUGUCUUUGAAUCCUCCCAGUAUCUUCUUGGUGUAUAUUAGGAAACAGAAGCUUAUACAUGUUGGAACCAGAUUCUUACCUGGUUUGACUCUAAAACCCAUUUUCUACUUACGUAGUCUACUUCCCAGGGGCCAAAUCUCAACCUUUGUAGCAUUAACAGGUGAUUGGGGAACUAGGAUUAUUACAUAUAACAUUCCGUGAGAAAAGUCAAUCAGUUAUUUUUAGGAGCUAUGCAGCUCCUUGUUAGUGGUGAUUGCUAACAACUUGCUAGUGUACUCUGCAUGAAGAGUCAGCCAGCUGAGUCUCAUUGUCCUUUAUUACUUUUCACCAUCUCUUGUCUUGAAUGACUUGCCUCUAUGGAGGACUGGAGUUUUGUUAUUCUGUGAAAGGGUGGUAUCAGUUCUAUAAGCCCUUAGGGCUAUAGAGACAAAGGGGUUCUAGUUAGGGAUAAUCUAGCAAGAGAAUGAGUGUAUAGACUGCUUUAAAAAGAUAAAGAAGGUUAAUACCUAAUACCACUUUGUUUUUGAGAUAAUAUUUUAAUGUUGGAGUAAUAAAGCAAGUUUUUAAAAUAUAA